AUGGAGGGUCAGAGAACACAACGGAGGGGUUACUUGAAAGACAAGGCUACAGUCUCCAACCUUGUUGAAGAAGAUAUUGAUACAGAAGAGGAGGAUGGAGGAGAUGAAGACAAAAGGAAGAGAAUGAUGGAGAGAGUUAGAGGUCCUAGCACCGACCGUGUUCCAUCGCGGCUGUGCCAGGUCGAUAGGUGCACUGCUAACUUGACCGAGGCCAAGCAGUAUUACCGCAGACACAGAGUCUGUGAAGUUCAUGCAAAGGCAUCUGCUGCAAUCGUUGCAGGAGUCAGGCAACGCUUUUGUCAACAAUGUAGCAGGUUUCAUGAGCUACCAGAGUUUGAUGAAGCCAAAAGAAGUUGCCGGAGGCGCUUAGCUGGACACAAUGAGAGGAGGAGGAAGAGUUCCACUGACAAUUUUGGAGAAGGGUCAGGCCAGCGAGGGUUUAGCGGUCAACUGAUCAGGACUCAAGAAAGAAACAGGGUAGACAUGAAACUUCCUAUGACCAACUCAGCGUUCAAACGACCACAGAUCAGAUAA